GCUAAAGGUCGGGAACCAGCAAUCCAUGAUCCAUUCAUGCUGGGCUUUUCCAAUCACACGAUCAUUUCCCCGACUUGCCACGAGGUCGCGUUCUAUGACAUCUGAAAAGGUCCGUCCCCUGCCUCACCUGAACCCAGGUGAGGUGUCGUUGUUGGACCUCGCGACCGACGACCCUCGCGAUACCGUAACCUUGUCCGACAAAGAGGCCUUGAUCCUGCAGCUUUAUCGGCAGAUCCAGGAACAGCAAUUGGAGAAAGCGCUACUAGAACAAGACACGGAUCUUCUAUCUGGGGACAAUGCUGAACAGCAACUAGCCGUCGCCGAGCGUGAGCUUCUGGAAGCUAGGGCGACUUAUACAGUCAGGAGGAAAGCCGUUGGCACGGUUCUUAUGACUGAUCCCAUCCUCAAGGCUGUUCAUCUGAAAGCGUCGACGCCAGCUGAACAGGCUCUCCUACGGCUCAUUAAUCGUCGUGAUAUGCUAUCUCUAGCGCAUGAAAACCUGAAUACUGCACACAGUGCAACUCUUCGAAGGCUUGCCAGCCUGGAGGUGGAAAAUGCACAGAUCCACCGGCAAAACCAAGAGCUAGUCCGUGAGCUGUUAGCUCUUACGGAAGAUGAUGAAUCAUGGAGAGAGAAUUUGGAAGACGCGGAGCUCAAGGCCCAGCUAGAUCAGCUAGAUGCGGAUCGCAGGAAAAGCAAAGCUAAAUGGGAGAUCAUGAAAAACAUCGCAAGCGGGAUGGUUGUCGGCAGUGGAGUGAACUGGGCUGAAGACGAGAGGCUCACGGCUCUGGUACUUGACGAAUCUGAUGAUUGAUGUAGCGAGUUGGUAUAUUGCAGUUACUUGGAUAGGCGUUAUUAUGAGAUAUACCCUUGAAUCGAAUUAUAAUCGAUAUGAAAA